CGACCGAUAAACACUGCUACACAGGUGUGACGUUUCACGGGCUGGUGAACGUCACUGUUGCUCUGUGGGAGCGUUUCUGGAUGAAAUAGGUUGUCUGAAGUAUAACAGGGAACAAAUUUAAUCAACUGAGCAGAGAAAGUAGUGACGAGAGGCAGAAGAACAGUUCCUGAGCGUAAAGUCUUCGUCGAUCGUCCAGGUGAGUUUCACAGCACCAGGUGUAACUGAGGGGAGAUCACCAUGACAGCUGGUGCGAUCUGUCCCCCCACCAUUGUACCACUGCGUCUGCCUGUCCCUGGCAAGACUAAACUAUGGAUCGACACCAACACCAGAAUAGAGCUCAAGUCAGAUACACCAGACACAACAUUCUGGUACACUGUUGAUGGCACCAGACCAGACCCAUUCAAACAGCUGGGAGAGAAGACCACGCUGAAGUAUCGUGAAGCAUUCACACUACCAGAAGGCAAGAUUGCUGUUAAGGCUCUGGCCCUGUCAAGGGAUGGCCGUGAGAGUUCUGUUGUGACCAAGACUUUCCAGGUUGACUAUGUGGCACCACCACCUCUGCCGCGGGAUGAGGAUGACCAGGAAAACUUCCAGAGGGACUUGGAAAGAGAUCGUAGGAAGAAACAGGGGACGUCAAAAAAGGCAGCUGAGAGGUCCAAGGACAGACUGAGUAAGGAGACAGCCAGGAAGGAGUCUCACAACCUGAUUGGGAAGAUCUUACAGAAGACACUACAGGAAGGAGGAGAUGCCUCGGCACACAUGGGGGAUCUCAGGAUUGAAGACUUGACACUAGAUGGGUCAGACUACAGGAGGCCUCAGACCAAGACUCGGUUUCUCCACAGCAGAAUGGGACCAACUGUGGACCCUGGCAAGAUGUCUGAUCAUCCUGAGAACCUGUCUCAUGCCAAGAGAUUACAGAGAGAAACAGACUUCCUCAGUUGCAUCUACUGCAUGGCACCGAGGCCCUCUGACCCAUAUGCCCGGUACUGCAAUGACUGUGGCUCUCCUGUUCCACCUGUUCCUGGGUCCAGGCUGCCCCCACCUGAGGGUGGGCAGAUGGGGAUGUGUGUGUACUGUAAGUCUAUGGUACCACUGAACACACCCACCUGUCUGGUGUGUGAAGCUCCCAUCCCACCCCAGCUCCAGCCUCAGGCCAGCGUGGUUCUGGCGGGUAAGCGUGUGUGCCCUGCCUGUAGUACAGCUAACCCUGCUGACCUGGACAGGUGUGUGAUGUGUGAGACCAGGCUGCCUCCUAUGGGAAAGCCGAUAGCGCAUGGAGGGAUGCACCCUGUGGCACCCAAACCUGACCCCCACGGCCGACUCAUGACCUGCUCCAAGUGUGGGCGAGUCAACAAUCCUGACGCUCGCUUCUGUGACUGGUGUGGCACCAAGGCUUCUGACUCUGCUGUUUUUGGGCGCUGGUGUUGUGGGCCCUCCCCACCUGUCAUGCAUGUCACCUGUGGCAAGUGUAAGUCCAGUAAUCAGGCGUAUGCUCGCUACUGUCUCUCCUGUGGAACACUGCUGGAACCUCCAUUCAGAAAUGAUCCCAGGAACACAGCCAAGAUGGUUCCCGGAUCACAAUUUGAUUCCUCCCAAGAUAAGUUCAUCACCAUUCCCUUGCUGGAUCGGUCGGUGUCGGGCUCGUGGGUACCAAUCAGCCUGCCUGUGUCGCCACCCAAGGCCCCGCCCUCGUCCACGGUAGCGACGCAGACCGUGGGGCUGUUCUACCCGUCGUUCCGGGAGAUGCAGCAGCGCGAGAUGCGGGAGGCAGAGGAGCGCGAGAAGGCGGAGAAGAUGAGCGACAAGCGGCCGCCCGUCAGCGCUGUCAGCCCAGGGAAAGGUUACUGGAGGAAGCAGAUUGACCACAUCUGCGGACAUCUUCGGGCAUAUGCACAGAACACUACAGAGUUUAGAGCCAACGUAGGAGAACCCAGGAUGGGCAAGUUGGUGUCAGCAACAGUACAUGAGGAUGGCUACGAACUGUCGCUUGCCAUGACCUUUGCCCUCAGAGGAAACAAGGAUGUCCUUACAGGGAAGCCCAUGAGAGUCAGAGGUGAUGAGUUCCUGAGUAACCUGACAGAAGGCAGGAGGAGGAGUUUCCACGGCAGCUCAUCCAGCCUGGCAAGUGACUCAAGUGAGAAGAAGAAGAAGAAAGGGACCAAAAAGCCGAAGAAGAAGAAGCAGCCUAACAAGGAGGAUAAGCUACAUCCUGAGGACAGACUCCUGCUGCAGGAGGUGGGGUCUAAGGGAGAUGGCAAUACUGAGGAGGUGCAGAAACUACUGGAUGAGGGAGCUGACCCUAACCUCGUGGACAAUGAUGACCGUCCAGUACUGACAGUUGCGGUGAUGAACAACCGUCAUGAGUCCAUCCCUGUCCUGGUGCAGGCUGGAGCUGAGGUGGAUAAGCGCUCAGGACCGAAGAAUAACACAGCUCUGCAUGAAGCAGUUAACUUGGGUCCAUCUGGCAAGAGAGCAGUCCAGGCUCUGUUAGGGUGCAAUGCCAACUCCAAGAGGAAGAAUGACAAGGGCGAGACUCCGUAUGACCUGGCUGUGAAGAUGGGCGAUGAGAACAUCCUGAAGAGUUUUGCCUCCUCCAUGGGACAGGACCUGCUGGACAAGAUGACCAAACCUGGCAAGGCAGCUGAUGUACAAGUCGAUGUCUUCUAGUCUGGACCUGGCCUGGUAGUUUUGGGUUCUUGAUGAAGGUUCACGUUUGAAUAUUUUAUGAACUACUAUGUACUAGGGGUGGGUACUGGUACAAAACUGUUUUUCUUG